ACGUCGGCAAAAAAAGGAGAGCGAACAUGAAUGAAUGGAAGGACAGGGCAAGGAAGUCUCUGAGGGAUGCUGGGAAACCAUAUGUGAACCGGAGAGGAGAGCAAAAACGAGGAAAAAGUCCACCAAAAGAGGGAAAGGCGUGCAAGGAGACAUGUCCCAGGCAGUGUUCAAGCCUAACAGACCAAAGAAAACUCCAGCUCUUCACAGAGUUUUAUGCUGUCUCUUAUGAGAGGCAGCAGGCUAUCAUUCUCUCUGGUUUGGAGCAGCACAAGGUGAGUCGCAGACGACCACGUGGGCCCAACACUGAGAAUACUAAGAGGAAGUACACCUUCAAGUACCAUGUGCAACAAGGAGGUCAAAGACUUGCUGUUUGUAAGCUCACAUUUAUGUCAGUCUUUCAACUGACCAACAGUCGCCUACAGGCCUCAUAGCAUUCAUCCUGCAGUGAGAGAGGGGAUAAGAGAGCACAUCCUGAGCUUCCCACGCCAACCGAACCACUACUCACGGAUGAAGGGAGAUGUGGAGAGGGAGUACCUGAGCCCUGAUUUAAACCUGCUCCGCAUGUUCCGCCUGUACAAGGAAAACAAUCCAGCAUCCACUGCAAAGUUCUGGCUCUAUAGGGACAUCUUCAAGCAGCAAAACCUCAGUUUUGGGCAGCCAAGAAGUGAUACUUGUGCAAAAUGUGACGCCCUGUUCUCAAAAUUAGUAGCUACUACAACAGAUGGAGAAAGGUUGAAGAUCACAGCCAAGAGUGAGCUUCACCACCGGAAAGCCGAAAAAGCAUACACCCAGUUGCAGGCUGACACAGAGUGGGCCAAAGCCAAUGAUGACUGCCAUGUCAUUUGUAUCGACAUGCAGGGGGUAGUGUACACGCCAAACCUGACACACUCCAACGUGUACUAUCAACGGCAGCUGGCCAACUACAACCUCUGUAUCCAGGAGAUGGGCACUGACAAACCUCCUACAAUGUGCCUCUGGCAUGAGGGCAUCGCUCACAGAGGUUCCAUCGAGGUGGCAAGCUGUCUUUUGAAGUGGGCAGAAACAUCUUUCGCUCCCCUAGUCCAGGCAAAGGAACGGAAGCUCAUCAUCUAUAGUGACCGAUGCUGUGGGCAGAACAACAACUGGCGAGUCCUAAACCUCAUGGCCCUACUCGUAUCUAGAGGGUACUUCAGUCAGAUAGAGCAGAAGUUCAUGGUGUCUGGUCACUCCUUCCUUCCCUGUGACCGUUCAUUUGCCACGCUGGACAAGAGGCGUAAGGUGUCCACACUCCACACCCCCAGCGAUGUCGCCGAGAUGAUCCGUGGAGCCAGGCAGCUGCAUCCAUUUAAAGUAAUUGAGAUGAAAUGUGCGGACUUCAGGCAGCUCCCUGAUGCAACAUUAAAGCAUCCACCUGGCUUCCUAAUCACAUCCAUGAUGUGGUUGAAAGUGACAGCUACUGAUCCAUGGUGUGUCCACACAAAAGGGAGCCACAGCCUCUACGAGGGAUGGAAGCAUUGGCUGAUCACCAAACAGAGGAAGAAUCAACCACCUCCAGCUCCCUUGUUCUCCACCACGUAUGCUCGUGCUUACGAGGACCCUCUGCCCAUCAAGAAGGAGAAGCACCGUGACCUUAUGAAAAUGCUAGCCUACAUGCCAGCGGAGGCCCAAGCAUUUUAUGGGACAUUAGAAUGUGAAGAGUAGCCUGGUAUGUGUAGGUCAUGUGCAGGGAAAGGUGGGAUAUAUUGUGUAUGUUGUGUGAAAUUAAUCAUAAAAGUAGUUGUAGCUUAUCUUGUAUGCCUUAU